UACAGACUUUCACCCGUGCAUCUGGGGAGGAAGCUGAUUCAUCAUCACAGGCUGGUCCUGGCUACACUUUGACUGCCGCCGCUAUGGCCGUCGCAGCUGCGUCUGCUAGCGCCGAAGCGGUCAUCGUCGCUCCCGAGACAGAAGUACCUGCCCCCUCGUUCGGCCACUCCACCAAGAUGGAGAACAGCUUGUCAAAUGCAACCAUCAGGCCAUCCGAACCGGCUACUUUCGUGGACCGAAAGGCCAUCACUACAGGCACGCCCAAGGAUGAAGCUGAGGCAAGCACCUCGGCGCACAAGCUCGGCGAUAUGCAACCAGCCCGUCGAGCUUCCACAGGAGCUGCGACCUCGACGACUUCCGCUACAUGUCCCUCAGCUUCCGCAGAACCCAUGAAGGUCGUUAAGGACCCGCGGACGUCAUAUGACAUGACAUCAUCCGGCAGCUUGCCUUCCCUCGAUGUUCGCUCGUCAGUACCAGGAGGCUCGCGCCCGACUGGACUCGCUUCACGUUUCAUGAACCCAUCGAGCAGCAAAUCAUCCAUCGACGUUGCAAGCGGGUUGCGCUCCAUCAGUGCAGCGGCCGCAGCGGCCGCUUCUCCAUCAUCCAGCAACACUGCUCAGUCUGUCUCAGUAUUGGGAGCAACUCCAUCCUUUCCGGCACCGCCACCUGCUGCCCCGUCCUCAAGUAAGCCAGGAGCAGCAGCCAUGGCAGCGUCUGCCAUGUCCAGCACACUCUCUUCCAUCGCCUCUCCCUCCACUUGGAUGCCCAGCUUACAAUCUCACGCCAGCCAUGGCAGCUCGCAGUUAGAGCAAAAGGAUAAGGACAGGGAAGGCAUAGCCCCGCCCUCCUCUCUGCCGCCUUCGAUCCUCUUGAACCCGUUAGCCUCAUCCAAGGCAGCUAACGUGGUUUGGACAACCGAGGGGAAAGACGGGACGUUGCACACAAAAAUCCCAGCUGUCCCGAGCGAGAAGGACAAGGCGGAGGAGCGAGCACGCAUCGCGCGCGAAAAGGAAAAGCAACGCGAAAAGGAGCGCGAGAUGCGCGAGAAGGAGCUCGCCAAGGAACGCGAGCGGCUCGCGGAGAAGGAAAAAGUGUGGGGGAUCCCUAAGAAGGCACUGAUGCUCGGCAUGGGAGAUAUCAACUUCAAUGCGCAGAUGGCCAUCCUCGGCGGAUGGGGGAAUGGCAGCGGCACGCAGACCGUCCUGCCCGUCGUCGACAAGAAGCGCGAGCGAGAGAAGCAAAGGGAACGGCAGCGCAUGGAGGAGCAGGAGCGCGAGAUGAUGCGUCAGAGCAAAGAGGACGCUUCCAAACCCGGCAAGGAGCAGAAGGCCGAGGAGGAGGAGGAGGCUGAAGAUGAGCUGGACGAGCCGCUUGAUCCAGAGGAGCUCGCUGCCAUCAACGCGAUCAUAAACACGCGCAGAUCCAUGGAGGCUGCACAAGCGCUUGCUAGCGGUCAGGUCAAGAUGCGCAGGCGCAGCUCUGCGGGCGGCACCGUCUUACGACUUGAAGGAGCCGAGGACGAGAACGAGGACGAGGACGAGCCCUCAGGGGUUUCAGCGAAGCUCCUGCGGAGCUCGAGUCGAAGCAGCGCCACUCGCGAGCGACACAUGCGCGCGCAGCCCUCGUCGUCCAGCGCCGCCCCCAGCACGACAAGUGCCCAGGGAGGAGCGGCAAGCGUGCUGUCUGUCCCUGAUGACGGCGUCUCUGUGAUCAGCGCGCCGCCGAGUCCAACGCUUGCCAGUCAGGAGUUGCGCAGCCCCAAGAUCCGUUUUGCUCCUUUCCCUGACGCACAUUGGGAGGUAGGCUCGCUUGACGACUUUCAGCGCCCUGCUGCUGCGUCCAUGAUGAUGCACGACGAGUCUUCCAAUUCUAUCGUGCUCACGCCCAAUAGCAGCGGCAGCGGAAAAGGGGGAGGGCUAGCGAGCGCGCUUGGCGCGGGCAUCCUGUCGUCUGGCCUGUUGCUCGGCUCGAUUCCAGCUUCGAAAGAGAGCACUGAUGCGCUUGCAAAUGGGAAUGAGAAUGGAAAGAACGUGCAAGUCGGCGAGGCUAUGGACAGGGGGCUUGGCCUUUCUUCCGGCGCGGCGUCACUCACAUCUGUGGAGACAGCCACGUUAGAAAUCAAGACGAUCAGCAGCGCAGCCCGACUUUCUCCGAGCGUUGCACCGGAUGAUGGCUGCGGCUUGCCCUCGGUGGCCGUCGCUUCGAGUGCUGCAUACGAGCAGGUGUCUCCGCUACACACUGCGCCGGCGGCCAGCAGUGCGCAGCCCCUAUUGCGCCCACGGAGGAUGGAGAGGGCCGACUCGAUGACGUCCAAGUCUGCUUGCGACAGCGACGACGACAGUGACUUUGGCAGGUGGGGAAGGAGCAAGUGGUAUCUGAUGGGCAUGCCCUCUGGCAUCUUCAAGCCGGUGGCGUACAAAGGAUUGCUCUAUUCCAAACGAAAGUACCAUCGAGAAGACGCUGAGGCGCUUUCGAAAGAAGCGCUUAGCGCACCGCUCGUCCGCCGCAUCAGCACCGGUACGCUCGGCUUGAUGUCCUCGAUGGAGUCUGACAGGCGCUCACGUGCCGAAAGGCAACAACUCGGGGAUAACAUGCAAUGGCCAUCUUCCGCGAUGAGCCGCGAACGCAGCUUUAAGCGCAAAGGUUGGCAAAGGUCCACCCGCAGUCGGCCGUCGAGUCGCAGCGGCUCGGGGGAUGAAGACGAGCGUCUUGAUCGCAGGCGGCGACGCGACCUGAUUCUAGCUGCGAGACCUGGCGGUACUGGCAUGGUCACGCUCCUGGAUGGCACGAAGAUCAAGGCUCGGCGCGUUGACGAUCCGGAUGUGGACCUGGGAGACGUCAGCUAUGAUGAGUGGGGCUACGCAUUGCUCGCACGGGAAGCACGCCGAAGCAUGGCAAUUGAGCCUUCACGAGGAUCUUUCGAGGAGGCAGCGACAGGGCAAAGAAUGAAAGCCGAAACAGGCGCAGCACAAGACGAUGCUGCAUCCCUCACAACGAUGCCCCCUCACCUCUUGGGAGAUUCAUCUUCUAUCGCUUCCCCUGCUUCUGCAGGCCAGGUGGUAACAUCUUCCUCCGAAGGUCCUAAACGCCCCGUUCCGCAAAGAAAAACGACGCUCGGACUUGGCCUUCCACUUGAGAAGGCAGAAGAAGUCAGGCGGCGCCACGAGGAGGAGGUCGCAGCGCUCGGGUGGGAAGUCAUCCACAAUGCCCACAAACAGAACCAUGCGAAACGACAGGCAAGCAUGUCGGAGAGCGUCAAGACGAUCGCAAGCCAAAGCACAGAAGAGGACAGGGAGAGAGAGAAUCAGUUCACUGCCGUCCCCGAGUCUGGCAGCAGUACACCUUCGGCUCCUACGUCAAAAGAGCGUCUGAUCAAUGCUCCUCAACGCACUUCCGCAAUGCGCAAUGACCUGCGGAAAACGAACAGCAAUGAAGACAGGCAUUUGCAUCGGACAUCAACGCCUCCACGGCGUGUACCCCGCGGAAGUUCACCCUCUGCCUCGAAUGUGCCGUCCACACCCGCGCAGGCAAAAGUCGAGAGUGCAUAUCUUUCGCUGCUCCCCGUAGACAAGAACAAGCUUGGCGAUCCUUCGAUCAGCCUGCCCACGCCGAGUCCACUUCUACCGCGCAAGCCAGACGCAAAGGGUCACAUGGUCGUGCCUCUGCCUUUGCCCCAGCUCGGCAGGCGGCCCGAUCGUCCGCAGGAAGGUCGCUCAUGGAUGGGUGUCGACAGCAUCCUGUUGCCCGAGUCGCCCGAGCCCGAGUCGAUCAGCUCAGAUGAGGAAACUGCCAGUGAGCGACGUCGCAGAGGCGAUCAGCCGGAAGCGGAGGAAGAAGAGGAAGAAGAGGACGGUGGCCUGAAUGCGGAAGAGGAGGCAGAGGAGGAGCGCAAGACGGCGAUCCAGAAGAAACGCGCCACCACGCGGGCUGCCGGGCAAGAAAUUGUGCAUCCCAGCACCGCGAGUUACAAAACCAAGAGUCCUUUGAAUUGCAGCAGCAGACAUGCCACGCGGUCUCAUCAUCGACGGGCUGCAUCUGAGAUGGCCACGACAGACAAGACGGUGGGCCUGGCGGACGAUGACUACGAAGAUGACGCAUGGUACGAACCAGCUCGUCCACGUCAGCCUGGACCCAGUCCAGCGGGUAGGCGCGACCCGCUACGAUCAACCUGUUCCGAUCGGGGCCUGUCGGAGGUCGCGAUGCGACACUCUAAGAGUCAUGGCCGCAUGGCAUCCAGCCAACGGCUCUCGCGCUCACCAGACCCGUACGGUCGCUUGGGUGGCUUUCGGCGCACGUCGCGCUCGUGCUCCACGCGCUCGCUGGCCAGCAGCCACACCGACGACCACGGCGACGGCGACGAUGGAACGCCCGUGGACGACGAUGCGGACCUUUGGUCGCAGGGCGCCGUCAGUAGCAUUGGCCUCGUCGAGAAGGGCGAGGACGGCAAGAAGAUCCGGCCAGGCGCCGCGGCGUCGAACUUGAGCAAGGCGGCUGCGGUCGCCGCACAGGCGAAAGCGCGCGUUGUGCGCGAGCGUCGCAUCAAGGAGGAGAAAGAGAUGGAGCGCCGCCUGCACAUCGAGAAGCUCAAAGCGGACGACGAGUUCCUCAACUAUGGAUGGCCGCGCAGCCUCAAGGGCUCGCUUUAUUGACAGCCUUCUUUUGGCCCAAGCAUUCAUGAGCGCUGCACCGUGCCACAGAAUACUUCGACUACACCACUUCGACAUCGCAAGUCUAUUUCUUUUUAUCCAAACAUUGCAGAAUUGCAACUCUUCCAACACAAUCAUCACUGUAGCAUUUUAGUCAUUCUUUGCUCCUCUUUCCCUCAUUCUUCACAAACAUCCUUUGUUCUUGUCACUCUGCUGAGCGUUCGUAAAAUGUAAUGAGUCGCACACUGGGCAACACGGCUUAUCGUGCCAUAUCGCUUACAGCUUGCUAUGGGGCCGAAGCUAUGUACCGACGGCUAUCCUGCAUGCGGCCUACGGAAGGCGAACUCGACUUGACCCGUCAGGAUAUCUGAUGAACUAUAAGCAAGCUCAACGCUGAAGAAGAGCAGUACGUACAUCCGCGACAAUUCAUAGGUU